AUGGCGGCCACUGCGGGCGAUGUCAUAGACAUCGGCAAUUUCGCCACAAAGCUGCCUCAAUGGAAAGCGUCAUCCAUAACAAAACCUCUCUACGGCCUCGUAGACAUGGGCAGCAAUGGCAUUCGAUUCUCCAUCUCCGACCUCUCCCCUCCUCGAAGUCGACUCCUCCCCUGUGUAUACCGCGAGCGAGCUGCCAUUUCCCUCUACGAUGCACUCCACGAAUCUACACCAAACUCCGAACCUUUCCACUUUUCCAGAGAGACCAUAGUGCAAGUCGCGCAGACCCUUGCAAGAUUUAAAAGUAUCUGCAAUAUGUACGACGUGCAGAAGGAGAACAUCAGUGUAUUCGCAACGGAGGCCAUGCGCACAGCCAAGAAUAAAGAUGAGAUGCUUUUUGCGAUCAAGGAAUCGAGUGGAUUGGCUGUUGAUAUCUUGAGUCCUGGCGUGGAAAGUCUGUUCGGGGCAAUGGGUGCAAGGAGCGGCUUUCAACGCGUUAAUGGACUGUUCAUGGAUCUUGGCGGCGGCAGCGUCCAAAUGACUUAUGUCAACUCCACCGCGGAGGAAAACUACGAUGUUCUAGCUGCAGAUGCUGCAAGAAGCUUGCCGUUUGGAGCUGCGAAGCUCUCUAUGGCUUUGGGUAGCCAGAACACUGCGCAUGCAGCGAAGGCUGAGUUGCGGGCUAGAAUGAGAGAGACUUUCGAGGAGUUAACAACAAGGUUCCCGAAACUGAAAAAAGAGGCAGAGCAGGAGGAUGGGAUAACAAUAUACUUCUGUGGAGGUGGCUUCCGAGGAUAUGGCAGUAUGUUGAUGCAUACUGACCCUAUCCAACCCUAUCCUAUCCCAGUUAUCGGUGGAUAUACUGUUCAAGGGCAUCGCUUUAUUAAGUGGCGGGAGAUGUUACAUGCGAACAAUCAUGAAGGAAAGGUCUUUGGAAUGUCGACAAGAAGAAGGGAUCAAUUCCCGGCCAUUGCUACGGUGGUCCAGGCUAUUGUUGAAGCCGUGCCGAAAAUUAAGCAAGUUGUCUUUUGCAGUGGUGGAAACCGAGAAGGCGUUCUUUAUAUGAAAUUGCCCGUUCAAGUUCGAGAAAGCAACCCACUAUCUUUUAUCUUAGGGGAAGUUAUGUCCGGGAAUGAUGGCAUCGCCAGUGCAGUGUCAAUAGUCAUAUCGUCAGGGUUAGCGAAUCCCUAUCCGGCUCUCUUCUCCAGCCAGAUUCUCCAAUAUGUGGCGAGUCACACCUGGUUAGAUAUGGGCAACCCUGAUAGUUCCAAUUCCGCAAAAUCUCUGCAUAAUCCGAUCUCCGGUCUCCUAGCUGGUAUUCCUGGCAUGACCCACGAGACGCGAGCGAUUCUCGCGCUUACCAUGUGUGCCAGAUGGGGAUCUGAUCUUGCCCCAGGAGAUAAAAAGCUAGCCGACAAUCUUCAAUCGUUAAUUGGGCAUGAACUUAGCUGGUGGUGCCGAUAUAUUGGUACGAUUGCUAGACUGUUGGCACUUGUAGUGCCUACAUGUCCUUCAAGUGAGCAGGCAAUAGACAAGGCGCUAUCAUUACAGGCCUCAGCAUCCUCCUGUUUAGGCAAAAAGGGCCACAAGGCUGGCAUUCGACUGAGGAUCAAUAUACGCCAUGCAGUCUGCCCUGGGCUUAACACGGAAGCAAUCGAAGGCCUGUUUGCCAAAGUUGGUAAGAAUCUUCAAGUGAACUGGAAAGUGGAGCUAGAUGUGGUCGAGUUAUGA